CAUCGCUCGGAAAACCGGCAACGAUGGACGAAAUCGCUACAAUAGGAUUUCUUAUAAUUUCCCUCGCCAAAGAAAAGCCGGAGGGAAUUAAUAAUGACGAUUUGGCAGAGUCUCUUACGUCAGUGCCGCCGGAAAAACGAGUGCAAGCGCUCAACAAGUUGUUACAGGACGGUGUACUGGAGAUACUCAAGAAAGGUACGACACUAAUCUACCGGCUCAAGGAUCCCGGUAAGAAAACCAACGCACCAAAAGACAUCGACAAUGAGGAACGAGUUAUUUAUAACAUCGUGGAGGAAGGCGGCAACAAGGGCAUUUGGAUCAGGGAUAUCCGAGUGAAAUCGAAUCUGGUGAUGACGCAGCUAACGAAAGUACUGAAGCAGCUGGAGAAUAAGAAGCUCAUCAAAGCGGUCAAAUCCGUUAAUGCCAGUAAAAAGAAAGUGUACAUGCUCUACAAUCUGGAACCGGAUCGUUCCAUAACGGGCGGGGCUUGGUAUCAGGAUCAAGACUUUGAGGCCGAAUUCGUCGACGUGCUGAACCAGCAGUGUUUGCGAUUUUUGCGUAUGAAGCGCGAUUCUGCUCGCUCCAGUGGCGAAGGUCCGCUGGCGGUCCAGAAGCUCUCGGAGUGCUCCGUCUCGGAUGUGCACCGGUUCAUCUCCGACCUGGGAAUCAGCAAGAUUAGCCUCGACGAGGACGAUUUGGAAACCAUCCUCAAGACGGUAGUGUACGAUGGUAAGGCGGAACGUAUUGCUCAAAUAGAUGGUACAUUUUUGUAUCGCGCAGUAGAGACCCCGAUCGCGGCACCCGGGCUAGUCCAGAUGCCUUGUGGUAUUUGUCCGGUGAUAAAAAACUGCUCCGAUUGCGGUGAAAUAACACCUAAGCUAUGUACAUACAUUAGCGAAUGGUUGGAUUGAUUUUCAAUCCGGUUUUCAAAAUAAAAAAUAAAAAGGAAAACAAACUAUGUUCA